AUGUCGGCGAUUGGUCGAGCGAAUGUCGUCCGAAGCGCUGGCGACGCCAUAUCGCGCGCCGGAGCGCGUGGCUGGGGCUGGUACCACCGCUCGCUCGCGAAGAUGAACGCGCCCGAGGCCGCAGCGGUGGCGUACGACGCAGUAGCGCCCCCACCUGCCCAGCCGCGGCCUCGCGCUUUUCUAGACGUGAGCAUCGGCGGCGCCAAGUCGGAGCGCAUUGUCGUGGAGCUGGCGAAGGACAUUGUGCCGCGCACGGCCACGAACUUUAUCACAAUGUGCACAAAUGGGUUCACGUCGGAGGCAUUCGGCGCGGGCUCGUACAAGGACUCCAAGUUCCACAAUGUGACCAAAGGGGUGUACUGCGUGGGCGGCGACGUGCUCACGGGCACUGGCACGGGCGGCCACGCGGCGCUAAAGGCGAACGAGCGGUACUUUGACGACGAGAACUACGCGCUGCAGUUUUCCGAGAAGGGCGUGCUGGGCAUGGCCAAUGCCGGUCGGAACAAGAACGCGUCGCAGUUCUUCAUCUCGCUCCGGCCGCUGCCGCACUUGAACGGCCGCAACGUCGCGUUCGGCAAGAUCGUCGAGGGCGAAGACGUGCUCAAGAGCAUCGAAGGGGUCUACUGCGUGCAGCACAAGCCGCUGACAGACGUCCGGAUUGUCGACUGCGGUGUGCUAUAA